AUGUGUCCUCGAUUCAUCACCAUUGCAAACGCAACCAUCACUCAUCCAUCCAUCAUAUCACCUGGUGAGGGCGAUCGUGCUACUUACCAGCACGCGACAAAUAUGGCAGGAAGCUUCUGCGAUUCUGCAACUGAGUUUAACCCGGUUUAUAUUCAGGCCAGCUUUAGUCCCAACAGGUUCCUCUUCCACGGGAUAAAUAGGCGCCUUAACAAUGAAGAGUACCGAUGA